UAAAACAUUAAAAAAAUUUUUUUUAAAAAAGGAAGAAACUACUAUCAUCAAGCCAGAAGGGUAAGGAGAGGAAAAAUAGGGAAGCCCUCUUGUCCCAAAACGGGCCCACAGCCCUGGACCUCCUGUGUGGGUCCAGGGAGGGUAGAGGAGGUACCUUGAAAUGAUGCCUUCAUUUUCCCACAUAUCGCUCACCAAACGGACAUGUGUGGGCCACCAAAGUUUGUUAUCUGUGAGUGGGCCCAAACGGCCAGGGCCUGCCCAUAGGCUCGCCCAGGAGGAGAGAAGACAGCGCCCAGCGCGGGUGUGAACAGGCUGGGCUGUGGUGGGAUCAAGCCGUGGUCUGGUCGUACCUUAACAACCCUGCGCCUUUAAGGGACGAGCUACACAGUCCUCACGCCACCUAGAAAAAGCCCUCAUUGCUGUCCCCUUCCGGUGUCUGCAUCAGCUGUUUGGACCCUCACCUCCUGGCUUCUCCCGCUUGAGAUGCCCCAUUAGCUGCUCAGCCAGGCUGCCAGUGCCUCAGGCUAAUGGCCCUGCCACCCCGCCCUCCUCUCCCUUCUGGCUCACUGCCCAUCCUGGACGCCCUCCCUCAGGCCAUCGAGGGGGACUCCUGAGCCUCAGAGACACCUGGCAGCGCCAACAGUCUCAGAAAUCAGGAGGCCUUCCCUCUCACGGGACCUGCAUGCUUCUGUUGUGUUUUAAGAGAGGAUACAGUGGGAAGAAAGCAGAGGACUGAGGGCUAGCGGUCCCCGCUUCUCACUCAGGCUCGCCCGCUAGCUGGAGCCGCCUCCCUCUGUGGGCCUCCCUCACUGAGACAGUUGAUAUCUCACAGGACGGCUUCUAAUACCCUGAGCAGUGUGUGAUCCCAGGAGCCCCCGGUCCUCUGCACCGGCCUAGCCGAAGGUGGGGAGCGAGCAGAGGCCAGGAGCGUUGGAGGCCAGCCCCAGCCCCAUGGACCUGCCCCCGCAGCUCUCCUUCGCCCUCUACGUGGCUGCCUUUGCACUGGGCUUCCCACUCAACGCCCUGGCCAUUGGGGGCGCUGUGUCCCAUGCCCGGCUCCGCCUCACCCCCAGCCUUGUCUAUGCCCUGCACCUGGGCUGCUCUGACCUCCUGCUGGCAGCCUCUCUGCCCCUGAAGGCGGUGGAGGCCCUGGCCUUGGGCGCCUGGCCUCUGCCAGCCCCGCUCUGUCCGGCCUUUGCCCUGGCCCACUUUGCUCCGCUCUAUGCUGGCGGGGGCUUCCUGGCUGCCCUGAGUGUCGGCCGCUACCUGGGGGCUGCCUUCCCCUUGGGCUACCAAGCUGCCCGGAGGCCGCGUUACUCCUGGGGUGUGUGUGCGGCCAUAUGGGCCCUCGUCCUCUGUCACCUGGGGCUGGUCUUUGGGUUGGAGGCUCCAGGAGGCUGGAUGGACAAUACCAACAACUCUCUGGGCAUCAACACGCCAGUCAACGGCUCUCCAGUCUGCCUGGAGGCCUGGGACCCGGCCUCAGCGGGCCCUGCUCGCCUCAGCCUUUCUCUCCUGCUCUUCUUCCUCCCCCUCACCAUUACAGCCUUCUGCUACGUGGGCUGCCUCCGGGCACUGGCCCGGUCAGGCUUGAGCCACAGACGGAAGCUAAGGGCAGCCUGGGUGGCCGGCGGGGCUCUGCUCACACUGCUGCUCUGCUUAGGACCUUACAAUGCCUCCAAUGUGGCUGCCUUCCUGCACCCCGACAUGGGGGGCUGCUGGCGGAAACUGGGGCUCAUCACAGGGGCUUGGAGCGUGGUGCUCAACCCAUUGGUGACCGGCUACUUGGGAGGGGGUACUGGCCGGGUGACAAGUGUGGCAAGAACAAAAGGAGGGACAUCCCAGAAGCAGUAGCCACUGCUGGAGAGAAGGGGCAUGGAGCAGAGGAGGCUGGCUGCUUCCCUGGGUGCCUGACGGAGACUGCCCUGAAGGAACUGCAGGGCGGCCUUGCCCGGGCACACCCUGGGAGCCCCUCAUGGAAAGAACUGAGCCUGGCCAAAGACCGCACCCCCGUCGGAGGGAAGAAUGGAGGUUGGGGGCUAGGUCACGGGAGGAAGGUAAGCUCGCCUCCUCAUGCAUCAGCAUGACCCCCACCUCUGCCCAUCCUUCCUCUCCUUGCACCCCAUCUGCCAGUGCUAUAGAGGUCCUCUUCCAGUGUGGAGGAAAUGCCACACUGAUGAUAUGCUCGGGGGGACGCAACUCCCAAAACAUUUCCUAGGAAAGAACAUUUUAAUUUCUGAAUAAGAGAAGAGGCAGGAGGCAAGAUACUGACCCUGCUAUACCAUUUGGAAUUCACAAGAGGGCAGCAUUGGAACUGUGGACAGUAAGUCGGUAGGAAAAGACGCUUCAGCAGGGAGAGAAAAUACUAGCUACUCCAGAAAGAGUCCCUAACAAACACAGAGUCUCUAAUAUGGGACAGUCACCAUGCCAAGUGCUCUGUAAGUGUUGUCCCAUCUCACACUCACACAAUCAUUUGAUUUGGCCAUGCAGCUGCUGUACAGAUGGGCAGGCUGUUCACUGAACAAGAGUGCCAGGCAGACAGGCAAACAGUGACAAAAUUCUAGCCUGUGCUGUGCUCACCAAUCCAUGUGCCUGGCAUGGGGCUACUUCCACCCAGAGGAAGGAGCAUGUUAUUCUAAUUUGAACAAAGAUACCACUCACUCCUCAUUUAUGCGUCUUGGUGGAGGGCACUGCCGCCUGGAGUGGGGUGCCUUUUCCUAAUUUGUACAAAGUCACUACUUAUGUUAGUGAUGGCCCUGGAACCAAGUAUUAUUAUCAUCUUCAUUUUGUAGGAUUAGGAAAUUUUCCUGAGGCUCUAGAGUAAGGAAGGGUGGACGCGUGAUGCGAUCCUUCAAGGCAGGACCCCAGGGAUCAAGGGACACAUGAAAAAACUUGAGGUAUCAGUGUUAACGCCUGUCCUUGUGGGAAUGGCACGUGGUGGCACCCUGAAGGAGAGGAGCGUGGCCACGGAAGACAAUCGUCUGGCACCUGUUCUCAGGUGAGAUGAGAGGAAGCAGACUUGUUCCUCUAAAGACGACCAGGCCACAAACAUACAGGAGCACAAAGCAGGUAGCUACAUGCCUGGCGCACACCAACUGGGUUAUACAAGCUGCCUCUUUCCGUGCUUCUGUGUCUAUCAGGGCCAGGAAUGUUCUUUGCCCGUCUACCCCCAGCACCUUAGGAGCGAGCUUGGCACAUAGUAGCAGGCUCUCAGGAAAUGUUUGCUGGACGAACGAAUGAAUGAAUGCUCACAACCGCCUUCCAAAGAAAAUUUCAUAAUCUGUUUUAGCUGAAAACAGACCAGAGAACUUACAUAACUUGCCUGAGACUCCCCAGAAGCAAGACACAAGUUUAUUCCCUGCACAGCGGUGACAGCAGAGACUUUCAGUAAAAGCCCGAACGGCCUCACUGCUCCUCCCAUAAAGCCACCAACGCUCUCUCCCCCCACCACUCUGGAGCUCCUGCUGGGGCCGGGCCACUUGUUCUGGGGAAUUGCGCCUCCUCCAUGUAGUGGUGGAGUUUACUUCCUUCCCAGGGUCCACGCCGCCCCACACGAUCCGCCCCCAGCACCCUCGUGACCUGCACCCCUCAGUCCUAAACCUUCUAGAGGUUCCCCCAGCAGAUUAGCCUGUGCACCUGCCUUUCUGUGUGCCCGAAAUGCCUCCCCAGUGGUUCUCUGCCUCUGUGUUGCUGAGUCUGUUCUACCCCCCACCACUAGGGGGUAGUGAGGUCUACCCCUAGGCUCCCUACCACCAG